CAACAGCAGGUUUCUUCAUAAAGCAAGAUUCUCCCCACCGUUUCUGGGUUCUGCACAAUGGAGGAGUCAUCAUUUUUCAACAGAAUGCUGCUUAAUCUUCGUGCAACCUGCAAGUAUUAUACUGGCUACCCUAAGGAUCUUGGACCAUCGAGGGUUAUUCCUUUCUCCUCAGAGCGCGAGUUUAUGCAGCUUUUACAUAAAGGUCACCCUGUGGUUGUUGCAUUUACCAUCAAGUGUAACCACACAAAACAUCUUGACAAAGUAAUGGAAGAAGCUGCAGCCGAGUUUUAUCCACAUGUAAAGUUUAUGCGUGUUGAGUGCCCAAAAUAUCCUGGAUUUUGCAUAGCGCGGCAGAAGAAGGAAUACCCAUUUGUGGAAAUAUUUCACAGCCCAGAACAGGCAGCUAAUCAAGGAAAAGUUGUUGAUCCAAAUAUCACAAAAUAUUCCGUAAAAGUUUUACCUAAUAUGGUUUUUGCGGGGUGGAAUUUGUGGCAUCGAUCUAAAGGGUUUCUAAACCCCCUUGUCCGGUCUUAAUGAAAGAGAUGGCCCGAUUAAACAGGAAGAGAGAAUAGGAAAAUUAGAGAGAUGUAAAAUUGUUUAAUUCUGAUAAAAAGAACUCUAUCGUAGAUAUCUUUUGUCUUUUGAGUUGUUCGUUGACUAGGGUUGGAUACUUCGAUCUUUUAAUUUGGGGUUGGAUACUGACAUUGUGAAGCUUUCCCAUGUUGUUUCGAGUAUAAAAUAUUUUUGUGAAAUAUUAAUUCUUACAAAAAUAUUAUUCUGAUAAAUGUUUGAAUGUCGGUGAUAUUUGUUGCAUUAAGUUCAUUUCUUGCAAGUCUCUUGUAUCAUACGUCGUGCAUGUUUAGUAAGAUUUAUGAGUGCACCUAGUGUUUGAGACAUCUUUGCUCCU